GACCUGGGCUGCAUCUCCACCACUCUGCCCAAAGCCAUGGCCAAUGCCCUCUGGGACACCAGGGCCAUCUCUUAUCAAGGCUGUGCUGCACAGGUCUUCUUUUUCUUCUUCUUGGUUGGAGCAGAGUAUUCCCUUCUCACCAUAAUGUCCUACGACCGCUACGUUGCCAUCUGCAAGCCCCUGCACUACGGGAGCCUCCUGGACAGCAGAGCUUGUGCCCAGAUGGCAGCAGCUGCCUGGGGCACUGGAUUUCUCACUGCUGUCCUGCACACGGCCAACACAUUUUCCCUUCCCCUCUGCCACGGCAAUGCUGUGGACCAGUUCUUCUGUGAGAUCCCCCACAUCCUCAAGCUCUCCUGCUCAGAUGCCUACCUCAGGGAAGUCAGGGCACUUGUCUUUAGUAUUUCUUUAGCCUUUGGUUGUUUUGUUUUCAUUGUGGUGUCCUAUGUGCAGGUCUUCAGGGCAGUGCUGAGGAUGCCCUCUGAGCAGGGCCGACACAAAGCCUUCUCCACGUGCCUCCCUCACCUGACCGUGGUCUCCCUGUUUGUCAGCACUGGCGUAUUUGCCUACCUGAAGCCCCCCUCCAGCUCUUCCCCAUCCCUGGACCUGGUGGUGGCUGCUCUAUACUCACUGUUGCCUCCAGCAGUGAAUCCCCUCAUUUACAGCAUGAGGAACCAGCAGCUCAAACAUGCAGUAAGGAAAAUUUUUUAUACCUCUUUCUUCAGCAUUAAUAAUGUGCAUAUAAUACUAAUAGGAUUUCUGCAAACAAACACUCUUAGCUCAAUUUCUUGA